CGGUACCGCUUUAAGUAGCUACCAAUGACUGUGGUAGCAACGCGAGGCUCGCUGAUUAGUAUCUGUCGAAGACUUUUUCUGGCAUAAAAACUGUUUAAUAGCAUUUCUUUUACCCGAGAAGACCUUUUUCAAAACUAGAAAUAUGUGCUUGCUCUUGCUGUGCGUUUUUCUUUCGUGUUUGCCAUUUUAUUUAUCAGCCCAGACUGAUAGACAAAACGAAAAACCCAUAAUAGGUGUACUGGCACAUGACGUUUAUUUACCCCAACCUAGCCAAACAGCUUACAUAGCUGCCUCCUAUGUGAAGUUCCUGGAGUCAGCAGGAGCUAGAGUUGUACCUGUCAUGAUAAAUCAGACACUGGAGGACUAUAAGACACUGUUCAACUCAAUCAAUGGGAUCCUUUACCCAGGCGGCGGUGUCAGCAUUGUCUCAUCUGGUUAUGAAAGGGCUGCUAAAAUCUUUUAUGAGCUCGCUAUUGAGGCAAACAAGCGCGGCGACUAUUUUCCUGUGUGGGGUACUUGUCUCGGGUUUGAACAGCUGAUGUAUUUAACAAGCAAAAAUACAAUACUGGCAUAUACCAAUACGAGCGGCGCGACAUUGCCUCUGAACUUCACUAAUGCUGAAGACAGCAGGAUGUUUAAAGGCUUCCCUGCUCAGCUCAUGAAAGAUCUAGCCUCUGAGCCACUGACGGUUAACUCUCACAAAUGGAGCUUGGGAAUGUUGACUUACAAUACAAAUGAGGAACUGAAGAAGUUUUACAAAGUUCUCUCUGUAAACACAGAUGGAAAUGUAGAGUUUGUGUCAACAGUGGAAGCAUAUGACUAUCCUAUUUACGGGACACAGUGGCAUCCAGAGAAAAAUGCUUUUGAAUGGACACGGCCUUCUAUUCCCCAUUCCCCGUCGGCAGUCAAGACCACCUUCUAUAUGGCCGAAUUCUUUGUCAAUGAGGCCAGGAAGAACUUUCACAAAUUUGAAACUGAGGAGGGGGAGAGCAAAGCGCUGAUAUACAACUACAAUCCUGUUUACACUGGGACUAAAAGUGCCUUUGAGCAAAUAUAUUUCUUCUGAUGAAUUUUAGCAAAGUGCCACUCCUAUUCAGCAGCUAAUUCGCUGCUUCAAUCAUGACUUGAAAAUAUUUACACAUAAUUUAACUUGUUUGAUUUUGUAUUUGUGGUACUGUGCAUCUGUGUAAACUACAGCUGAAUUGAAAUGGAAAAAUUUAUGCAGGCAACAUAAAUAUUGGUAUAGUGCAGGAUUUAAA